AUGGGGAAGGGGAAAGAUCUUCUUCUCUUAAAGAAUGAUGGGAACCCUAAAUGUUUCACUCGCACUACAAGGGAUUUCACCUGCUUCUUUGAGACUUUUGACAACAAAACUUAUGAUUUUCUCUAUAAAACAACAAGGCAGCCCACCAAGAGCUGUGAAAUGUCUGUCCAGAGAACAGAAGAGGGAGCUUUCCUGCACAUCUGCUCAUUUCCCAGAUUUGAUAUUUUCUUAUAUAGUAAAACAGACAUUCAAGUGGUGGAACGGACCAAGAAUAAGAGUCUCUACAAUCGAACCAUCUACGUAGAGGAUCAAUUGCUUCUCGAUUCUCCUUUCAAUGUGUCCUUGGACCCAAAUGGCCGUGUGGGAGAACUGCAGGUUUCAUGGCACACAAAAAGCACCCCAUACAUCAAGGAUAACUUGAUGUAUAAGAUUAUUUACUCCUCCAAGGCUGUUGGAAACAUAACAAAAGAGGUAAGAACAAUUUUGAGGGAGAUGCCGCCCCACACCAUCACACUGCUUCCAAAAGAUGCAACUCUAUCGACAACCAGAAACAACAUUCACCUCCUGCUGACACCAGGCGAGGAGGUUGAGGUCCAGGUUGCUGUCAAGUCUCCUGAUCAUUCAGAUGCAGGACAUUGGAGCAGCUGGUCGCAACCUGUGCGAGCUGCAGUUCCUCAAAGUGCAGAUGAUAUCUCACUAAUAUGCUCCACCCCGGACCUGCAGAAUGUCACCUGUCACUGGAAUGCUUCCAGAUAUGAUACAGAAAAUGAGUUCAAACUGUUCUACAAGAUGAGUCUCGGGGAAUCUUUGAACCGGGGCGACUGGAGCGAAUGUCUGGCUGACUGGAUCAUUCAUGACACGUGUCAUUUUCAUGGAAAUGUAUCAAGAAAAAUGAGGGUUAAGCUCAAAAGCACUUCAGCUUCAACCACCAGGACAUUCUUUACUAAAGAGUUCACACUCAACAGGUCCAUUAAAACACCCCCACCAGGUCAUCUGAGACAAGUGCAAAGGAAGGAUGAGUUGUGCCUGGAGUGGGAGGCCCCUAUCCCAACCUUGUCAGCCCACCUACAGUAUGAAGUUGACUUUAACGUCAAAGGACGAGAAAGAUGGAAGAUAGGAAAGGGCCCUGAGACUGAGACGUGUGUGAAGAUUCCAGGAGGAAGUCAGUUCAGCAUUAAGAUCAGAGCAAAACCUACUGGGUCCAUCUACGCUGGUACCUGGAGUGACUGGUCAGAAGUACUCACUGGUCACGUGGCACUCGACAAGAGCAUGCUGCUCAUUCUGUACGUCCUUGUUCCCGCGCUUUUCAUCUUCAUCGUCCUCAUAUGGCUUUUAUGCCUUUACCGAAGAAAGAUCAAACGGUACUUGUGGCCCCCGAUGCCCGACCUUCAAAAAGUUCUACAAGGCUUCCUGACAGAAAUCAACAAGCAGAAUUGGGACCCUCCUAUGGCAGGAAAGCAGUGCUUUGUGGAAACCAGUUCCUCUGUGGUGGAGAUACUGUCUGAAGCUGAGGUUAAAGGACCAGGGAAAGUAUUGGAAGAAUCCUCUGAACUCCUGUCUUCUGACGAAAGCCUCUCGAGUGAAGACCGGACAGAUGGCAGUUCUGCAACCGACAUCUUUCCGGACUACGUGACUCUGAAUAAAGACACUGUCAUUGUUUGCCUUGGAGGAAACAGUUACGUGUGUGAGCUGGUUGAAGAGGACGGAAAACCUCCGGUGGAAAAGGAGCUCCUGCAAACUUGUAGCUGUUCAUCUUUCAUCAACCCCUACCUGGGAAAUGAAAUAGUCAACCAGUCUUACUUGGUGAUGGCUGAGCCUGCAGACAGGAAGAGGUGCGAGAUCUGCGAUGACAGACGUCUCGGGAACACCUACACUAACCUGCCCAAUAACUAAACGCACAGUACAACGAGUGUACUUGGUUUUCAGCAAUGCACACUUAGGCUGUACUUACACUUCCGUACUGACUCUAGAGCACCAUGUAAAGGUCUUAGAGCAGGGGUGUCAAACAUACGGCCCGCGGGCCGGAACCGGCCCCCAAGGAGGUUCGAUCAGGCCCGCGGGAUAAUUUAAAAGUGAAAAAAUACAUAAAAGACAUGGAAUUAAAAUUUUUAAUAAGAUGCAAUUCAUGUAUUAUCCGCUAAGGGGUGCACUGUUUUGAUCAGAGUAGAAGACAACAGCGGUAUCAAUGUGCCAUCUGCUUCUUUAUAAAUCUCAUUUAAUCUUAAAUUGCAUUGCUGUAUUUUUCAAUACCAACUAACUGUUAAAGUUUUGUGCCUUUGCACAAUCAGUGGGAUCAGUUGCAAUGCAUAUAUGUGAAUGAUAAAAGUAAAUUGCACAUUUGUCUAAGGAAAUAUGAGGUGUUCCAUGAAAUGUUUUGUAAAAGGAAUGUUCAUUGAAUUUCAACGUUUUCCUAAUGUUCUUGUGCUUUUUUACACCAAAACAAAGGAAAGACAUGAUAUUUUGAGUGCGACUUCCAUACAUGCUAUAAUAUAGCAUGUAUGGUAUCAUUUUAAUGGUCCGGCCCACUUGACAUCUACCGAGGCCGUAUGUAGCCCACGAUGUGAAAUGAGUUUGACACCCCUGUCUUAGAGCAUAUAUAGGCUCCAUCCAUACGUCAUCUGUACCUGCCUAUUCCUAGUGGGGGUCACAGGCUCCGCGGGGGCCAGCUCUCUGCGGAUGAAAGGCAGAGGUACAUCCCGGACAAAUCCUGAGUCCAGGUUGAAGCUGCACAGAUAUCUGUACAUGAACACACUCUUUGGCUUUAGUAGUAAUGGAUACUGUCCUGCAGCGAACCAUCUGCUUGAAGAGGACGUCUGUGUCGGGUUUAGGGGGGGUCAAUCUGCUGAUUCAGAAGCAGACCAUCGAUUCUCCAGAAAACUUGUUCUGCCAAUUCACAGAUGCUUGUACAGUAGGUGGGAUGAAGCUAUAACAAGUGCAGCCAAUUUGUAAAUGUUUUUUUUAUGUUGCAUUUAAAUAUAUUACAGAUCCCAAGAGGAAAAAAAUGGGGCAAUGUAAAUUACAAAUAAAGACAAAAUGCAAUAACUGUCAAAUCUCCCAAUAAUUGUUAAAAUGAGGAACUCUACCAUCUUAUGACAAAAAAUUUUCAUUUUUAAACUUGAUGUGGCAAAGCUAUAUUUGUUCACUGCACACGGUCCAGUCUGUGUAUGCCUGUGGACUGAGGGGAGCAGUUAACGGAGUUUUGGGAGAGGAAUGUUGUCCCAUUCUGUCUGAUUUCAGAGAUGAGCUCCUCAACAGUCGACCGGUGCUUCUC